AAAAAAUAAACAAAUUAAGCAUACCACAUUAUGGACAUUUUAACACCAACUAGUUCAACAAAAAGUCUAUCUCUUCAUGCUUGCAACUUAUCAUCCCUUGGUAUAUCCAAUCCAUUAGGUUAUCAACUCUUUAAAUCAAGAAUCCCUUUUGAAGUAAACAAAUUAAAGAAAUGUACGAUCCGAUCUACGCUAGCCUUGAAUCCUAUCACUGCUCCUCCUGAAAUUUUUAAAGAAAACGGGAGCACAACCACAAAAAUACCCAAAGGGCCUGCGAAUUCGUGCCCGUUUUCGCCUUUAGACUUUUUAGAAAGGGCUUCUAUUGUUUAUGGAAAUUGCACAUCAAUUGUUUACAAUGACACAAGUUACACUUGGUCACAAACUUACACUAGGUGCAAAAAAUUGGCUUCUUCGAUUUCUUCGCUAGGGAUCAAGAAAGGCGAUGUCGUUUCCGUGUUAGCCCCAAAUAUUCCUGCAAUGUAUGAGCUCCAAUUCGCCGUCCCAAUGUCCGGUGCGAUCCUCAACAACGUUAACUUCCGUCUCGAUCCACGUACCCUCUCCGUUUUGCUUCGGCAUAGCGAAUCAAAGCUUGUAUUUGUGGACUAUCAAGCGAGUUCUUUAGUACUCGAGGCGAUUUCUUUAUUCCCUUCUAAUUUACAACGUCCGAAAUUAGUCCUCAUCGAGGAUGAUUGUGGUAGUACGCCUUUAAUAUCGAGAAAUGAGUUUUAUAAUAGUUAUGAGAAUGUUAUUGAUGAAGGAGACCAAUUUUUCAAAUGGAUCGCUCCAGAGAGCGAAUGGGAACCCAUGACACUAAACUACACUUCUGGGACUACUUAUGCACCGAAAGGCGUGCUUCAUAGUCAUAGAAGUGCGUUUACGAUGAGUGUCAUGGGCUUAAUUGAUUGGUCCAUGCCGAAGCAACCGGUGUACUUGUGGACCCUACCAAUUUUUCAUGCCAAUGGUUGGGGUUAUUGUUGGGCUAUGGCUGCUGUUGGUGGAACCAAUGUGUGUCUACGUCGGAGUCAUGAGGCUGCUUCAAUAUAUGAAGCUAUUCAACAACACAAGGUAACUCACAUGUGUGGUGCACCAGUAGUACUCAACAUGUUAUCAACCUAUUCAAAAAGAAAACCCCUUGAUUCCCCUGUCCACCUCCUAACGGCCGGGGCGCCACCCCCGGCCGCAGUUCUGGACAGGACAGAAUCUUUGGGAUUCGUGAUAAGUCACGGUUAUGGAUUGACAGAGACGGGUGGGCCCGCGGUGACAUGUGCAUGGAAACAAGAAUGGAAUUCAUUGACAAAUUCAGAAAGAGCAACACUAAAAUCAAGACAAGGUGUGAGGAUGGUAGGGUUUACUGAAGUUGAUGUAGUGGAUCCUGAAACUGGCAUUAGCAUUGAGAGGAAUGGGAUGGCUAUUGGAGAAAUUGUUUUGAAAGGAGGUAGUGUGAUGCUAGGGUACCUUAAAGACCCUGAAGGAACAUCAAAAUGCAUGAAAAAUGAUGGAUGGUUUUACACUGGAGAUGUUGGAGUAAUGCAUUCAGAUGGAUACUUAGAAGUUAAGGAUAGAUUGAAAGAUGUUAUAAUUUGUGGUGGAGAGAACAUAAGCAGUGUGGAAGUAGAGUCAAUUUUAUACAAACACCCUGCCGUGAAUGAGGCAGCGGUAGUAGCACGUCCAGAUAACUAUUGGGGUGAGACGCCUUGUGCGUUCAUCAGCUUGAAAAAUGAUGCAUGCAAAGUCACCGAGAAGGAGUUGAGAGAUUUUUGUAAAGAGAAUUUACCUCUUUACAUGGUGCCAAGGACAGUUGUUAUAGAACAUGAUCUUCCAAAGACUGCUACUGGGAAAAUUCAAAAGUAUUUACUUAGGGAUAGAGCCAAAUCACUUGUAUAAGCGUGAAUUCAUAUUAGUCGAUCAACUAAGG